AUGACUCUUCUCACAGAUGUACUUGAGAACCCUGGUUCCCCUCGCGCGCGCAGCGAUCUCGGGGCUACAAGAUCAUUCGCUGGUUUCCUACAGAGAUUCGAGAAGACAGAAGGAUGCGACUUGAAGCGCGUGCUGACCGCGUGUGCCAUGCUGCAAAGGACAGUGCAAUACGCAGUGGAUGAUGCUCAGAACACCAUGCGUGCCCAGAAUCUGGUGGGCGGCACUGGUGGCGGUAUCUCAUUGAUACCGGGGUUUGCGUUGAACGAAGACGCGCAGGCUUUGCAGUCGCUACUCGGUGCGACAACACACCCGAUGUAUCUGGUGCAAGGACUCAUGGGAAAUCUACCAAACCGAGACCAGAGUCUUACUGUAAGACUGGCUCACCUGCUCGGAACUCCCUUUGAAGGAGGCAAGCCAGGUAGCCCGCUUGGGUCUCAGCCGCUUCAGCCGGAGACGUACGGCUUCGGCUUUGGGCAAGGGCAAGCUGGUAACGACCCGACGGCGAAUUGGUCUUGA